AUGGGCUUGUCUAGUGAAUACCAUAAUUUACCCUACAUUGGCAUCUAUCGUCUGUUCAAUGAACCCUGCAUACUGUUGCGCAGCUCCGAAAUGCUCAAGACGGUGAUGAUACGUAGUUUUCAACAUUUUCAGGAUAAUGUUUUGUGGGUUGAUGCCAAACGUGACCCUGUGGCAAUGUGUAAUCCUUUUAUAGCAAAGGGUGAUAAAUGGCGUAACAUGCGAAAUGAAAUCGUACCAAUUUUCACGCCCAAUAAAGUUAAAUCCUCAUUUCCCCAUAUAGAGAAUGUCUGCAGAAAAUUGAAUGCAUAUGUGUUGGAUAAUAUGAAUAAAAAUUGUUUUGAGGCGAAAGAUUUAUUUUCCAAAUACACUUUGGACGUUGUGGCCUCUGCAGCUUACGGUUUAGAUGCACAAACUUUCACCAAUAACAAUUCUGAUUUUACGCAACUUGUGGAGAAGUUAUUUCUACCCAAACCCUCAAGUCUUUUGGAAACUACAGCUCUGCUGUUUUCACCAACUUUGGGUAAACUAAUGAAAUAUACCUACAUACCAGAUGGUGUAGCAAUGUGGCUGAAAACUAUUAUAACAAACAUAUUAAAAUUACGCUUAGAUAAUGAUAAUGGCAGCUCUAAGGACCACAUGGACUUUGUGCAGUGGUUAAUAGAAAACAAACAGAAACUGAAUGAACCCAUAGACCGUGCCACCAUUGUUGGUCAUUGCAGUACGUUUCUGUUGGAAGGCUUUGAAACUUCUUCGUCUCUAAUGGCAUUUGCCAUGUAUGAGUAUGCUACAAAUCCUUUGGAGCAACGUAAAGUUUUAUUGGAAAUUGAUGAAGUUUUAAAACGUUAUAAUGGCCAACUUUGCUACGAUGCUUUGCAGGAGAUGACAUAUUUUGAGGCUUCUCUAUAUGAAGCUUUACGUCUACACCCGCCUAUGAUGGCUUUAUUGAAGCACUGCACCAAAUCAUUUACAUUGCCGGCACAAACUGAUAAUGGAGCGGAGUUUAAAGUUCCAAAAGGCAUGAUAUUUAUAGUGCCAGUAAAAGCUAUACAUUAUGAUCCUGUUUUGUAUCCUGAUCCAUUGGCAUUUAAACCACAACGUUUUCUGAUGGAUAAAGAAAAACGUCCAAGUUGCUCGUUUUUGGGUUUCGGUGAAGGUCCUCGCAUGUGUCCUGGUGGUCGUUUUGCUAUGGCCCAAACCAAAGCAGGCUUAGUUUCAUUGCUGUCUCAGUAUUCAGUACAUUUGGCAGAUAGUGCUCAACAUAAAACAUUAGAAAUGUCAACAACUACAUUUCUAACAGCUGCUAAGGAUGGCAUUUGGAUUAAGUUUAAGCCAAGAACAUAAAAAGCUGUUAAAUU